AUGCUGAAAAUGAAACAUGAUAUAGUCAGGCGCAAGAAGCUUCUGUCCGGUGGAAAAGACGGAUCUGAAGCGGUGGACGGUGUCAAAACUGGAGCCGUUGGUAGCGGAGCUGCCCCGGUUAAUGCGACUGGUUCAGUCGAACACGACAAUGCCGAUUUCUCCGGACUUACUGCCGGCAUUCCAAGCGGAUCUGUGGGGGCAGACCAGGACUCGGAAACAACUUUCAUGGCAUUUGCAAUUAUCUUCAAUAAACUAAAGAAUCCCAGCGCUCAAGAGCGAUCUGCGGCUUCGUUUGAGCUGAAAAAUAGUCUGGUAUCUCUUGCACGUCAGGUAUCCACCGAACAGUUUCAACGGUUUAGCAAUGACAUAAACAAUAAGAUAUUCGAGCUCAUCCAUGGGUCUUCCUCGAAUGAAAGGUUUGGUGGUAUUUUGGCGGUCGACACUUUGAUCGAUUUUUACGCGCAAUCGGAUGAACUUCCCAAUCAAACUUCACGGCUAGCAAAUUACCUCCGUGUUUUGGUUCCGUCAAGUGAUGUCGAUGUUAUGCGAGCUGCUGCAAAGACAUUGGGAAAACUUGCGAUUCCUGGUGGCACAUUAACCUCGGAUUUCGUUGAGUUCGAGGUCAAAACUUGCAUAGAAUGGCUCACAACAUCUCCAGAAAAUUCUUCCUCAAAUUUCAAGCAAGAGCUCAGAAAACAUGCUUCACUUCUCAUCCUUAGUGCCAUCGCAGAGAACUCUCCUUAUCUUCUAUAUCCAUACAUCAAUUCCAUUUUGGAUAACAUAUGGAGAGCUCUGCGAGACACAAGACUUGCCAUUCGCGUAGAUGCUGCAAACACGCUUUACAAGUGCAUGGAAAUCAUACAGGGUAGGGACGCGAAACUUUCGAAAAAAUGGUUUGAAAGAUUGCUUGAAGGCUGUUCUUAUGGCUUGCAACUCAAUACCCAUGAAGCUAUCCACGCAACUUUGAUCGUUUACCGACAACUUUUGUCUUUAAGAGGAACUUACCUGCAUGAGCAGUUUGACGAAAUUUAUGAGAUGACCAUGAGAUACAAAGACCACAAAUCAAGCGUGAUUCGGAAUGAGAUUUAUGCAAUUUUGCCUUUAUUGGCAGCUGCCGACUCUCAAAUUUUCACCGAAAAAUACCUAGAUCAGACUAUGAUUCACUAUUUGACUUUAUUAAAAAAUGCAUCUCCAACUAAUAAUACGGACAAAGCCGCCAUAUCCGUGUCGAUAGGUGACAUUGCACAGCAAGUUCAAUCGAGCAUUGCACCUUACUUGGACUCGAUUUUGGACAAUGUAAGAGACGUUUUGAUGAUGAAAUUUAAACUGCGGAAAGAAUUUGAGGCGGAGAUUUUUUACUGUGUUGCGAAACUGGCAUGUGCGGUAGGUCCUGUCUUGGCUAAAUACUUGAAUCAAGACCUCUUGGAUCUUAUGCUUGCUUGUCCAUUGUCGGACCAUAUGCAAACGACUUUGACGACAAUCACUGAAAAAAUUCCGUCUUUAAAGACUGUCAUAAACGAAAAGUCCCUUGAUAUGCUUUGUUUCAUUUUAUCAGGGGAGAAAUUCAAACCACCAGGAUCUCCGAUUCCACUGAAACCUUUAAACAGUGAGCGAGCCAGGCAUUAUAGAGAUCAAUUGAUCUUAAGGAAGACAGGUGAACUUAAUGAUGACAUCUAUGACGUUCAUAUCCUAAACCAGGCAUUGAUAAUGCUGCAUAAGAUAGACUACAGAUACUCUCUGGCAUACUUCGUCCGGAUGAUCACAGUCUCGUACAUUGAGCACGAAAGCCCUCAGGUGAGAAAAUAUGCUGCCCUUGCGUCAUGCGAUCUGUUUGUGAAAGACCAGAUUUGUAAACAAACGUCACUGCAUGCGCUAAAUACUGUGUCUGAAGUUUUGGGUAAGCUGCUAACGGUCGCCAUUACAGAUCCUGUUGUGGAGAUCAGGUUCGAGGUUUUGAGGCAUCUUGAUAUAAGUUUCGAUCCCCAACUGUCUCAGCCAGAUAACGUCCGUCUACUCUUCAUGGCAUUGAAUGACGAAGUUUUCGCGAUCCAAAUAGAAGCGAUGAAAAUCAUUGGGAGACUCUCCCUUGUGAACCCGGCCUAUGUUAUUCCAUCUCUCAGAAAAACUUUGCUGCAACUUUUAAGUCAGCUCAGUUUUUCUACCAUGUCGCGCAAAAAAGAAGAAAGUGCCUCCCUGAUUAGCACGUUAAUAAGCUCAAGUCAGGACGUAACAAAACCUUAUAUUGAGCCUAUUUUGGACGUACUUUUACCCAAAUGUGAAGAUAAUUCCUCUGCGGUAGCUUCAACAGCUCUUAAGGCGAUGGGCGAAUUGUCAGUUGUAGGAGGAGAGGCAUUGACUCCGUUUCUUGGUCAACUGAUGCCACUUAUCAUCAAUACAUUUCAAGAUCAGUCAAACUCAUUUAAGCGUCUCGCCGCAUUAAAGACGCUCGGUCAACUAUCAGCUUCUUCUGGAUAUGUCAUAGAACCUCUAUUGAGUUUUCCGCAGCUGCUGGGUGUAUUGAUUAACAUUCUCAGGUCAGAAAGCUCGCCAAAUAUCAGAAGGGAGACUGUUCGUCUCAUAGGAAUCCUUGGCGCUUUGGAUCCUUACAAACAUAGGGAGGUCGAGCGCACUUCAAAUGCUACCACUACAGCCGACCAAAACGCUCCGCCGGUAGACGUUGGUUUGCUGAUGCAGGGAACAUCACCCUCUAACGAUGAAUACUAUCCAACCGUAGUGAUUACUACGUUGAUGAAAAUUCUCAAUGACCCCUCCCUGUCGUCUCACCACACUUCCGUGAUUCAAGCGGUAAUGCAUAUUUUCCAGACGUUAGGCUUACGGUGCGUGUCCUUUUUAAAACAGAUUGUGCCGGGAAUCAUUAACGUCAUGCAGGCAUGCCCGCCUUCGCUUUUGGAAUUCUAUUUCCAACAAUUAGGUGUUCUUGUUUCAAUCGUCAAUCAGCAUAUCAGACCGUUUGUUGGAGAGAUAUUUGAAGUUAUCACAGAGUUUUUUCCACUGGUCAAACUCCAAAUCACAAUAAUCACAGUGAUUGAGUCGAUUUCUAAGGCUCUCAAAGGUGAGUUCAAGGCAUUCCUCGCUCAAACUUUAGCUCUAUUCUUGGAUGUUUUGGAGAAAGAUAAAUCAAACAAAAAAGUGGUGUCGGUCAGAAUAAUGAAAUCGCUUGUCGUAUUUGACGCAAACCUCGAUGAGUUUGCGCAUCUGAUAAUUCCAGCAAUUGUGAGGAUAGCAGAAUUCGGUGCUGGUACCCUGAAUAAAGUCGCGAUCAUAACUUUAGGGAGACUGGCGAAGACUGUCAAUCUCUCUGAAAUGUCCUCCAGAAUAGUCCAAGCGCUUAUACGCGUGUUGAAUAGCGGGAACCAAGAAUUGAUAAGGGCCACAAUGAAUACUUUGAGUCUUUUGUUGCUCCAGCUAGGGGUGGAUUUUGCUGUCUUUAUCCCCAUCAUAAACAAAACCUUGUUACGAAAUCAGAUACAACAUACGGUAUAUGAUCAACUUGUUAACAAGCUGUUGAAUCGCGAAGCGCUUCCUACAAGUAUCAUAAUUGACCGAGACUUCGAACUCGCCACCAAAGAGGCUACCGAUGUUGAGCUGCCCGCAAAAAAGCUUCCUGUAAAUCAACUUAUCUUGAAAAGUUCUUGGGAAUGCAGUCAGCAGAGAACCAAAGAAGAUUGGCAAGAAUGGAUACGUCGUUUGGCUGUUCAAUUACUAAAAGAAUCACCUUCGCAUGCCCUUCGAGCGUGCUCAGGACUGGCAGGCAUCUACUACCCAUUGGCAAGGGAGCUGUUCAAUGCCUCAUUUGCCAGUUGUUGGACAGAGUUGUACACUCAAUAUCAAGAUGACCUUGUGAGCUCCUUGUGUGUGGCGCUUUCGUCGCCCAACAAUCCACCCGAAAUUCACCAAACGUUGCUGAACUUAGUAGAAUUUAUGGAACAUGAUGAUAAGCCUCUUCCAAUACCGGUGCCUGUUUUGGGCGAGUACGCUCAAAAAUGCCAUGCCUACGCCAAAUCUCUGCACUACAAAGAGUUGGCAUUUAUACAAGAACCGAACGCAUCCACCAUUGAGUCUCUCAUUAGCAUCAACAACCAAUUGCAUCAAACUGAUGCCGCCAUCGGUAUUUUAAAACACGCUCAGCAACAUCACGAUCUUCAGCUCAAAGAGACGUGGUACGAAAAAUUACAGAGGUGGGAAGACGCUCUUAGCUCUUAUAACCAAAGGGAACUAGCGGGCGAAGACUCCAUUGAAGUAAGAUUGGGUAAAAUGAGAUCACUUCACGCACUGGGCGAGUGGGAUAGACUUUCUGAGUUAGCUGCUGAAAAGUGGGGGUCCUCAAGUUUGGAAAUUAGAAGAGUUAUCGCACCACUUGCCGCAGGAGCUGCUUGGGGCUUGGGUCAAUGGGAUAGAAUUGAUCAAUACAUUAACGUUAUGAAAAAGCAAUCGCCUGACAAGGCUUUCUUUGAUGCUAUUUUAUGCACGCAUAGAAGUGACUUCGAAAAGGCUGAAACGCAUAUAUUUGAGGCCAGAGAUCUUUUGGUCACUGAAAUUUCAGCCUUAGUGAACGAGAGUUACAAUCGAGCAUACAGUGUGAUAGUCCGCUCCCAGAUGAUAUCAGAACUGGAAGAGAUCAUUGAAUACAAGAAACUUCCUCCAGCGUCAGAAAAAAGAGCUACUUUACGCAAGACGUGGAAUAAAAGAUUGCUCGGAUGUCAGAAAAACGUCGACGUAUGGCAAAGGAUCUUGAGAGUGCGUUCUCUUGUAGUGAAACCGAAACAAGACAUGCAGGUUUGGAUCAAGUUCGCAAAUCUUUGCAGAAAAUCCGGAAGAAUGGGAUUGGCGCAAAAAGCGCUGAACUCACUAUUGGAAGACGGUGGGGAUCCUGCGCAUCCAAACACAGCGAGGGCCCCCCCACCUGUGGUAUACGCUCAAUUGAAGUACAUGUGGGCAACUGGGUCUCAAAAGGAAGCACUACGUCAUCUUAUUAGCUUCACCUCCAGAGUUGCUCAUGACUUAGGAUUAGAGCCGAGCAAUAUGAUUGCCCAAAGCAUUCCACAAAGCAGCACCAUACCGCUUCAUCACGUUGAGGAUUACACGAAGUUGCUAGCUCGUUGCUUUUUGAAACAGGGAGAGUGGAGAGUCUCCUUGCAGAGUAAUUGGAUCUUGGAAAAUCCUGACGCAAUUCUAGGUUCUUAUUUGCUCGCGACUCACUUUGACAAUAAGUGGUACAAGGCGUGGCACAAUUGGGCGCUUGCUAACUUUGACGUAGUUUCUAUCAACUCCAGUGAUGAUAGAAAUCGAGAACAGGGCAACCUAAAUGACAGCGCUAUUCAAAAUCCUGAUGGCCCAGCGGGUAUGGGCUUAGAAGGUAAUGGCGCUGACUCCAACAACUUAUCUCCAGAAUUGGUGCAGAGACAUGUCGUGCCUGCUAUCAAGGGGUUUUUCCACUCUAUUUUGCAUUCUGAGUCGAACUCUUUGCAAGACACCCUGAGGCUCCUUACCCUGUGGUUCAAAUUUGGUGGCAUUCCCGAGGCUACUCAAGCAAUGCAUGAAGGUUUCGAUUUGAUCAAAAUCGACAAAUGGCUCGACGUAGUUCCACAACUUAUAACACGUAUCCAUCAACCAAAUCAAACUGUCAGCAGAUCUUUGCUAUCGCUACUCUCUGACCUAGGAAAGGCUCAUCCUCAAGCUUUGGUUUAUCCAUUGACGGUUGCUAUAAAAUCAGAAUCUGUCUCAAGACAAAAGGCGGCUCUCUCGAUUAUCGCAAAAAUGAGAGUUCAUAGUUCAGUUUUAGUUGACCAAGCGGAGAUGGUAAGUCAUGAGUUGAUUCGCGUCGCAGUCUUAUGGCAUGAAUUAUGGUAUGAGGGCUUAGAAGACGCGAGUCGGCAGUUCUUUGGGGAGCACAAUACAGAGAAGAUGUUUGCCACUCUUGAACCGUUGCAUGAAAUGCUAAAAAGAGGGCCUUCUACCUUGCGCGAAAUAUCUUUCCAAAACUCAUUUGGAAGAGAUCUCAAUGAUGCCUACGAGUGGGUCAUGAACUACAAGCGGAACAAGGACAUAACAAAUUUGAAUCAGGCUUGGGAUAUUUACUACAAUGUGUUCCGCCGAAUCAGCCGCCAGCUACCACAACUCCAGACACUUGAGCUGCAGCACGUAUCCCCCAAACUUUUGGCUGCUCACGACUUACAACUCGCUGUGCCUGGUGCUUAUCAAGCAGGGAAGCCCGUUGUACAUAUAUCGUACUUCGAGCCAAUCCUCUACGUGAUAUCGUCGAAACAAAAACCUAGAAGGUUGUCUGUUAGGGGCAGCGAUGGUAAAGAUUAUCAAUACCUUUUGAAAGGACAUGAAGAUAUCAGACAAGAUAAUCUGGUAAUGCAACUGUUUGGUUUAGUCAAUACACUGCUGCAAAACGAUUCAAAGUGCUUCCAGAGACAUUUGGAUAUUCAAAGAUAUCCAACCAUUCCAUUGUCGCCCAAAUCAGGUUUAAUAGGAUGGGUCAACAAUAGCGAUACAUUUCACGUUCUUAUAAGAGAGCAUCGUGAAGCCAGAAAAAUUCCAUUAAACAUAGAGCACCGAAUCAUGUUGCAAAUGGCUCCUGACUACGAUAAUCUGACCCUUCUACAGAAAAUCGAGGUUUUCACGUAUGCGCUUGACAACACGCGGGGUCAAGAUUUGCACAAAGUGUUGUGGCUCAAGAGUAGAUCUUCAGAAGCUUGGCUUGAGAGACGUACCACGUACACCAGGUCUUUGGCUGUUAUGUCAAUGGUAGGUUAUAUUUUGGGUCUAGGGGAUCGGCAUCCUAGCAACUUGAUGUUGGAUCGUAUUACGGGCAAAGUUAUACAUAUCGAUUUUGGGGACUGCUUUGAGGCGGCAAUUUUGAGAGAAAAGUAUCCAGAGAAAGUGCCCUUCCGUCUCACACGUAUGCUAACGUAUGCUAUGGAGGUCAGCGGUAUCGAAGGUAGUUUCCGUAUCACUUGCGAAAACGUAAUGAGGGUCUUGAGAGAUAACAAGGAGUCGCUGAUGGCUAUUUUGGAAGCAUUUGCAUACGAUCCUCUGAUCAACUGGGGAUUCGACUUACCAACACAGACAAUUGAGGAACAUACCGGUACAGAGCUCUCACUCGCAAAUCCCAGCGAAUUGUUAAGAAAAGGAACGAUUUCGGCGGAAGAAGCUGCCAGGAUGGAAAUUCGGCAGAAGUCUGAGAUCAGAAACGCACGGGCGAUGUUGAUUUUGAGAAGAAUCACAAAUAAACUCACAGGCAACGAUAUGCGGAGAGUUCAUGAUUUGAACGUCCCAGAGCAAGUGGAAAAGCUUAUCCAGCAAGCAACUUCUGUUGAAAACCUGUGCCAGCAUUAUAUAGGCUGGUGCUCAUUCUGGUGA